GCCCGUGAGCGCGAGGUGAGGAGCCCCCGCGCCCCGGACCGCACCACCGCCCCGCCCGGAGCCCGGCCUGCGCCCCGCCGGGCCCGCGAGAUGCCCUCGGACCGGCCUUUCAAGCAGCGGCGGAGCUUCGCCGACCGCUGUAAGGAGGUGCAGCAGAUCCGCGACCAGCACCCCAGCAAGAUCCCGGUGAUCAUCGAGCGCUACAAGGGCGAGAAGCAGCUGCCCGUCCUGGACAAGACCAAGUUCCUGGUCCCCGACCACGUCAACAUGAGCGAGUUGGUCAAGAUCAUCCGGCGCCGCCUGCAGCUGAACCCCACGCAGGCCUUCUUCCUGCUGGUGAACCAGCACAGCAUGGUGAGCGUGUCCACGCCCAUCGCGGACAUCUACGAGCAGGAGAAGGACGACGACGGCUUCCUCUACAUGGUCUACGCCUCGCAGGAAACCUUCGGCUUCUGAGCCAGCAGCCCCUGCCUGUCUGCCCCUCCCCCGCCCGAGGCUCUGCUUCCUGCCUGGAACCACCCACCCUUGAAGGACUGGCCCCUGGCUCACCUGUCUGACAUGGUGUAUGGAUCUGUGGUCACUGUCCCUCUGCAGAAUAAAGAUUGCUCAGGCCA